GUUUUCCAAAUUUCUUUUUCUAUUUGAGUUCAUCCUUUUUCUAAGCUCUAUUUUUCAAAACAUUUCACAUCAUCAAACUUCAAUUCAAUCAUCCCUUCAAACAUAGCUCAAAGGGUUUCUUUCUCUUUCUCUGUUCGUCGAAGAUCACAGUGUGCACUUCCGCGUUAGCCGCUUCUCUUUCCAAAUGUGCAUGUACUUGUUUGGUACCAUUUUGUCCCUGUUUAGGUAAUGCAAUUUCAAGUUCAGAGAAAAGAUUUCUACAUCAAUUAUACAGUUCAUAUAACUUCUUCAGCUUGGUUCUUCAGGGAAAGGCUUUAUUGUGAAAAUACUGCUUAAGCAUGUGGAUUCAUAGCUGUUGCACAUGACAUUGAUAUAUACUUUUCGACAUCUAGAAUUACAUUUGUCAUCGUGGUCCUGUUAUUGCUGAAGAUAGAGGGGGAAAUGGGAAAAAUAGCUCUUGCCACAAUAGUGAGCUUAUGGGUUAUUCCUACCACCAUAAUGGUUAAUCGCAUAGUUCCUGAGCCAUACAUGGAUGAGAUAUUUCAUAUACCACAGGCACAGCAGUACUGCAAGGGAAAUUUUGGAAGUUGGGACCCUAUGAUUACGACUCCUCCUGGCUUGUACUAUCUUUCACUUGCCCAUGUUGCUUCUUUGUUUCCAGGCUUUUACUUUGUAAAAGCUGCUUCAUCAUUUUCUGACAUGUGCUCUGCUGCAAUUCUUCGAUCAGUUAAUGGUGUCUUAACAGUCGUCUGCAGCAUAAUUCUAUAUGACAUAGUUACAUACUUGAAGCCAACACUUAACGAUAGAAAGGUGAUGCUUCGUGCAGUGGUCCUAUCCUUGUACCCCCUUCACUGGUUCUUCAAUUUUCUCUAUUAUACAGAUGUUGCAUCUGUUACUGCAGUGCUGGCCAUGUAUCUUGCAAGUUUGAAGAAUAAUUACUGGUUUAGUGCAUUGAUUGGAGCCUUUGCUGUUGUUAUUCGACAAACAAAUAUUAUAUGGGUAAUUUUUGUUGCAUGCACUGGGAUCAUAGAUAUUUCUCUGACUCAUGGAAAGCACAAUUCAAAAACUGCUGAGUCAGAUGUAUCUAUCAAGCUAGGUUCUGCACAUGCUACUGGUACAAGUACAGAGCGAUUAAAUCUGAGAAAGCGAAAAAUUGUUAAAUCUAGGGAUAUCAUUGAACUGUCAUCUAGUUCAAGUUCUUCUCCUUCCUUUUCUUCAGGUUUUGUUGAUGAAAUAAGAGCGAUCCUUUUAACAUUGUGGGAUAUGAAGUGGAAGCUUUUAAUUUCAUUUAGCCCCUUUAUCAUGGUGUUGGUGGCCUUUCUAUUAUUUGUCAGUUGGAAUGGAAGUGUUGUUCUGGGUGCAAAAGAAGCACAUGCAGUUACCCCACAUUUUGCUCAGAUUCUCUAUUUUAGCUUGGUUUCUGUAUUGGCCCAGGCUCCUAUGCACUUCACUGUCAGUCAGGCUAUGGACUUGUUCCAGAUGUUCUGGAAGAAUAGGCCCCCUCUUUUUUGUCAGAUGUUCCUGGCCCUUGUUAUUGGCAUUCUCUCAGUACACUCUUUCAGUGUAGCUCAUCCAUACCUGCUUGCGGAUAAUCGGCAUUACCCUUUUUAUCUUUGGAGGAAAGUUAUCAUGGCUCACUGGUCUAUUAAAUAUCUUCUGGUCCCAGUUUAUAUAUGUUCAUGGUUUUCCAUCAUCCGCAUGUUAGGAAAAUUUAGAAGUAAAAUAUGGGUAUUGGCAUACUUCUUGGCUACUGCUGCUGUUCUUAUACCAGCUCCACUAAUAGAGUUCAGAUACUACACUAUACCAUUCUAUAUCAUGGCGCUUCAUUGUGACAUUAGGGAUGAUCGAAGUUGGCUUUUCACAGGCACACUAUAUAUUGGUGUCAAUAUUUUUACAAUGAUGAUGUUUCUGUUUCGGCCAUUUCAUUGGGAUCAUGAACCUGGAAUUCAAAGGUUUAUAUGGUGAAUCAGUUCAUCAGAAAAACUAGAUUUGUAACACAUUGAAACUGCCCUUUUUAGGCAUUUACCACAAGUUUUACAAGAGUAAAAUUUCAAAUCUCUUUAAU